AUCUACUUCAAAGCCCAAAGCUUAAAGGCGAAAACUAAAGGAAAUGGUGGUAGUAGUAGGAACAAGGUGAUCGAGGAAUACAUUCAAGUAAGUAAUGGCGGAAGAGAGAGAAACGAAGGCUCAGGUGAAGGUGAUGAAGUUCUGCAUAAACGACCACCGAGACAUACUGGUUGAGAUACUAAAGCGGCUGGACGGCCGUUCUCUUGGGGUGGCUGCUUGUGUCUGCCGCCUGUGGAACUCCUUCACUCGUCACGACUGGCUCUGGGAGAACAUUUGCUUCCGCUACGUGUCACCUCCACCUUACGACGUCAGACCCGUGGUGUUAGCCCUCGGUGGGUAUCGCCGCCUCUACAUGGUUUGUCUCCGCCCACUCCUCACUCGCCUCUCCUCCUCCUCCUCUAGGUUGAGUCUGGGCGGCGGCGGAGGCGGUGGUGGUGACGGUAGGGUGUGGACAAGGGACGAGGUUCAGCUCUCACUUUCUCUCUUCUCUAUCGAUUACUAUGAGAGGUUGGUCUUGGGCAGUACUAUUGAAGGCGAGGCUUCUUCUUCUUCUUCUUCCACGUCAGCUUCCUCUCUUAUGUUCCUCUGUAAAGCGGUGAACGUGUGAUGCUUCUCUUCUCUCCCCAUUCCAUUCAUGGAAAUAGGAAGAAGCGAA